CUGAGGCAGAUCAUGAUGACUGCCUUUGAGUCGGAAAGGGAAUCUGAUUCGGGGCCCAUCAUUCGAACAAUUUGCUUCCCUGCAGGCAAACUCGGCCUGGUAUUCUUGGCCUGAUACUAGCAGAUCUCUAAGAUUAUAAGCUAGUAUCAUAAUGAAAAAUAUGUAACGUUUAAGAGAAGAGAUUUUCAUGAUGGAAAGAAAACUCCAAGAGAAGAGGACUAAAUAUAUUAAUUUAAGCUUGAUUCAGGGACUGUUUUGAGAACAUACGCAAAUAUGUAUAUACAAAUUGGGGCCGGCCAUGCGAAGGCCAACACUAAGAGAGAAAAAAAAGGACUUUUUAUAGUCCACAAUGUUAGACCAAACUGAUGGCGGAAAAUACUACGUGAAGGCAAUCAAUUACGACAACUACACGAUUAGAGUCGCGUCGGCCGAUGUCCAACAGGAUGACUGCUCCUCCAUCCCUUCAAUGUCGUUUUAUAGUCCAUAUCCUUUUGAAAAAGAAAUUAGGUUUGAAAACUCUAGUGUUCUACAAAUUUCGGUGCUUAUAAUGUUCUUGAGCUGUAGGAAACCAGCAGUGAGUCCUUCUUAUAUAGACACGGCUCCUUGCAUAAACAGCUCUUCUUUGUUCCCAGAAAAUGAAGGUAAUAAUUACUCUUAUGUGGUGUAUGCUAAUGGCUUCAAGUUCUCUGAUUUGGAAGAGUCCUGCCAAGUUUACAACUCGGCUUUCGUAUCACCACCGCCAAAAGGGAAGAAGAAGAGCACGUCCUACAAAGAUAUCCACAAUGAGCUUGUCUAUGGCUUUGAGCUUUCUUGGGUCGACGCUUUCGCAGAAGAAGAUACAUGUCCUCCUUGCUACGUGAAUGAAACUUCCAACCAGGUUCACUGUACAAGUUGCUCCCAACCAAUAGAUUGGUUUGAAGAAACUCUGACAAAGAUUGGCUACAAAAUUGGUGAUACAUGUGAGAAUACUCCCGCGACUCCUCGUGGAAAUGCUUACAUAUUCCACAAUUAA